UCAAUGACAAACUCCUGUGCUUGUAGAAACAAGGAAAUGCAGAUUCUGCCUUACAGAAAAGACAUUGCUGGAGUAACUCAGCAGACCGGGCAGUAUCUCUGAGGAACAUGGAUGGGUGAUGUUUAGUGCCGGGUCUCUUCUUCAGGCGACUCUUCUUCAGGCCAGUGCCCACGUUUUAACCCAGACCCACUGCUUUGAUUUGUCGUUUUCGCACCUUGCCCUCUCGUUCCCCUCUCUCCUGACUCUCAGUCCAAAGAAGGGCCAGGACCCGAAACGUCACCUGUUCAUUUUGCUCCAGAGAUGCUGUCUGUCCCACUGAGUAUCUUAUGGAUAGGUGAUGUUUCGUGCCGGGUCUCUUCUUCAGGCCAGUGCUUGGUUCCGUGGGUUGUCCCCGCCCGCAGACGCCGGCGAACUUAAAGGGCCUGUCCCACUAGGCGACUGCCGGCGACUGUCAUAGUUGCAGCAGGUCGCCGAAAAGGCGACUGGCAAGGGCAGGGCGAUGCCAUCGGCGGUCGAUUGCGUCUCCUGCCGGCGCUGCCCCUUUAAGGGCGAAGUCGAUCCAGCUUGUAGCUCGAUUGGCCGUUCCUGAACGCGCCCACCUCAAAAUAAGGCGGUCAGCGAUUGGGCUCAGGGCUGAGGAGGGGUACGUUGAUUGGUGGAUUGCGGCGCCUGUUUGUGUUGUGAGGGGAGAGCGGGACGUGGGCCCGAGUCGGGGCCGUGAAGCCGCGGCCUGUUCCCAGUCUCUGUCGGGGGCCGUGAAGCCGCGGCCUUUCCCAGUCUCUGUCGGGGGCCGUGAAGCCGCGGCCUUUCCCAGUCUCUGUCGGGGCCGUGAAGCCGCGGCCUUUCCCAGCCGCCAGUGGCAGCGACCCGGCCGCGGUCACUUAUGUCAGUGUAAUUUAUUUUUAAUUAUUAGGUGGCUGGAGGUACAAAACAAAACUGUGGCGUGGGGUCGACGUCCCCCGUGUGUCGGGUGGCUCGGCCGCGGCUGCUCUGCGGGGAUGUCGGAGCCGGCGCUUCUCAGUCAGUUCGUGAAGGUAACCGAGAGGCCGCAGGCCGGGCCGCCAGGAUCUCAGAAGAAAGUCAGAUGGUUCCCCGUUAGGAGACUCUUCGCCCAACCUUGUCUCAGACUCAGGAUUCCUUACAGAUUUUUAAAGACAGGUCACAUUGCUCCACCCGCUCGAAGUGGGCACCGCUGUGUUGCAGAUAAUUCAAGCCUUUAUGUGUUUGGUGGCUACAAUCCAGACUUUGAGGAGUCGGGUGGUCCAGGGAAUGAAGCUUACCCACUUUUCCGAGAGCUCUGGCGAUAUCAUUUUGCUUCUGGUACUUGGCAGCAAGUUGGUACAGAGGGAUUCAUGCCCAGAGAGCUAGCAUCAAUGUCGGUUGCUUUACAUGGUAAUAACUUGUUGGUGUUUGGAGGCACCGGCGUCCCUUUUGGCGAGAGCAGUGGGAAUGAUGUUCACGUGUGCAACGUUAACUACAAACGGUGGGCACUACUUAAUUGUCGAGGGAAGAAACCCAGCCGCAUCUAUGGGCAGGCAAUGGUGAUCAUAAAUGGUUACCUGUACAUAUUUGGUGGGACAACAGGUUAUGUUUACAACACAGACUUACACCGACUAGACCUUACGGCUCGAGAAUGGAUACAGCUGAAACCAAAUAACCCUCCUAGUGACUUACCAGAAGAAAGGUACCGACAUGAAAUUGCGCACGAUGGACAGAGGAUAUAUAUACUGGGUGGGGGAACAUCAUGGACAACCUAUCCACUAGAUAAGAUACAUGCCUAUAAUCUGGAGACUAAUACAUGGGAGGAGAUACAAACAAGACCGCAGGAGAGAACGGGUUUCCCAGCACCUCGAAGAUGUCAUAGCUGUGUACAAAUAGGACAUGAUGUGUAUGCAUGUGGCGGAUAUAAUGGCGAGGUGAUACUUGGGGAUCUGUGGAAGCUCAGUUUACAAAAUUUCCAGUGGGUUAAACUGCCUGCAGAAAUGCCUGAGCCAGCUUAUUUCCACACUGCAGCAGUCACCCCGGCCGGCUGUAUGUAUGUACACGGUGGAGUUGUCAAUAUUCACGAGAACAAGCGGACUGAUUCUCUCUAUAAAAUCUGGCUGGUGGUGCCCAGCCUAUUUGAACUUUGUUGGGAGAGGUUACUGAAGAGCCUCCCACAAAUAACACAGUUCUCAACGACACAGCUGCUCAACCUUGGACUUACACCAGGACUUGUGGAAAGACUUAAGUGACUGCUGGUGAGGAUAUGGAGAAACACACUUCUGCAAUAUGGGUGACGUUGGAGGAAGCUGCUGGGAAGAAUUCUCCUCAAGGCCUUAUCUGCCAUAAGUGUUGGAUGAAUGUUAAAUUUCUAAACAUUCUGUCACUUUUUGCAUCGUGCCACUGACUGAACCCAAUUUUCCCUGGUCCUCAAGCCAAAUUGGAACUUGCUUUAGAAAUUGACUUUAAACUCUUCCUCGCCCCAAGGUUCCUCCAGUUUUCAGGUGCAGGUCAGCCUGCCGCUGAAAGGGGCUUUGCUUACAAGUCCAACAAAUUUCCGUCCAGUUAUUUGUCACAAUUUGAGAGAUAUUGCUGGUGGCUGCUUUGCCUUCCCACAUGCCAAUUUCUUCCAAGAGCGUUGGAUUCUGGCAGGUCUCUUUUUACUUUUUAAUUCAUACUUCACUUGCUCUCUGAUUUGUACACGUCCAGUGUUUUCUGUCUUGAUAUUGGAUUUUUACCUUUUUUCUCUGGUGCAACCCCCACCCCAAAAGGAGCUAUAAGAUCUUUGCCCCACCCUGUCAUUUGGAAAUGUAUCUCAGCUUGGGGCAUCCCCUUGCCACCAAUCCACCUCGUUUUUUUAAAUCUUCCUCCCUGCAAGAGCCAAAAAUCCAGUGUCUGCCUUAAAUGUUAAAUCACCAUGAAUUCUUUUUGUAAUCCUAAGGAAUCUGAUCCAAUGCUACUGCGUGUCAAUUGUGUGCUUGUUUCAGCUUUGCUGUUUUUGUUUAGUUUGCUGUUUUUGUGUGUGUGUGUGUAUGUGAUUUAUUUUUAUAAUGUAUUGUUCUCGUGUGGAGCAAAGGAAAAGAAAUCCACUUUCACCCUAGGUUUAGGCUGCUUUAUGGUGGCCUAUGAUUAGAAUUUGAUGGCAAAUGAGUCUGAGUGAGUUGAGGGGGCUGCUCUAUUUAUUUAAUGAGUAGGUGAUCUGGGACCAUUCAGUCCAUGUCCAGAUCCCCAACAUUUAAACCAGACUAGGUAAGGAAGCUGGUGUGAAUUAAGAAACCCAGGAGAAAUCCUGGAUGAAGAGUGGACAAAGCUUUCCAUGUUGCCUUUUUCCCUUUUAAUAUGCUCUACCCCAUUGCUAUUUGCUUUGCUGAGAUGCUGUUAGCUGCUUUGGGGGCAGUGCUUUUUUUUUUCUUCUCUCCCCUUCACUGUUUAGUGCUCUUCCACAAUUCACAUUGAAAUUGCCUAAUUUUUCCUUUUACAAAUCUACUUAUUCUUUUUUGUUUUGGACUGACUGGUCAGACACAUUUCCACCUUAUCCCAUCCAACACAAUUAGUGGAAGUAAGGUUGCAUAUACCUGUCCUUCAGUUUCAGCCUUCUGUUGUAUCAUGCCAUGCUCUAAUCUUAUAGUUGGCUGGUCUACUCAAUCUCACCUGUCAAUAGUGCAGCACCUAAAUAAAAUAAAUGAAGUACUGUCCUUUUAUGGGUUCCUCUCUAAUGAGCCUUUGUGGACAGUGAAUAUUUAGUUAUGUAGUAAAUCUGGUCACUGAAGGAGUUAAGAUAAAAGAUAAUCCAAAGAAUUAUGUACAUUAAGGGCAAAAGAGUAGCUAGAGAGGGAAUAGGCCUCCUUAAAGAUGAACAGGGUCGCCUGUGUGGAGCCACAACAUGGGUAACGUAUUGAAUGAAUAACUUUCCGUUAUUUACUGUGGAGAAAGAUGUGGAUGGUAGGGAACUUGGAUUACGUAACAGUGAUGUCUUGACAAGAGUUCACAUUGCACAUUGCAGAAGAGGUGCUGGAAGUUUUAAAACACAUUAAGGUAGAUAAAUACCUGAUCAUGUAUAUCCUAGGACAUUGUGGGAAGCUCAGGAAGAAACUGCAGGACUCCUUGCAGAGAUAUCUGUCAGGGAUCACCGCAGCCGAGGUGGUAGAAGACUGGAGGAUGCCUAAUGGUGUGCCUCUAUUUAAGAAAGGGGUGCAUGGAAAAAGCCUGGAAACUACAGACUUGCAUCAUUGGGUAUGUUUGUAAGUGAUUCUGAGAGACUGGAUCUACACGUUGGAAAGACAUGGGCUGAUUACGGAUAGUCAGAAUAUCUGUGGGAAAUUGUUUCUCAAAUUAGUUUUUUUUUUUUUUUAAUCAAAAAAGUCAAGGAAAGAGCAAUAAAUGUUGUUCACAAGGUACUGCAUGGUAGGCUGGUGUGUAAGGUUAGAAUACAUUGAAUCCAGGGCGAGUUGGCCUAUUAGAUAUAAAGUUGGCUUGAAAGAAACAGUGUGGUGAUGGAGGAUUGUUUUGCAGACUUGCAGCUUGUAACAAAUGGUGUGCCUCGAUUAAAUUCCGGAUGUGAAUGUAGGUGGCAUGAUUAAUAAGUUUGCAAAUUAAAUUGAAAUUGAUGGUUGUACUGGACUAUCUACAAUUAAAGCAGGAUCUUGAUCAACCGAACCACUGGGCUGGGGAAUGACAGAGUUUAAUUCCAUGAAAGUGGGGACACAGGGUGCUGAAGGUGUUUGGUAUGCAUGCCUUUGUUGGUCAGGGCACUGGGAUGCAAUGUUACAGCUGUACAAAAUGUUGGUAAGGUCAUAUUUGAAGCACUGUAUACAGUUCUGGUUGCCUUGCUGUAGGAAGACUAACAUGGAAAGCUCCCAAACUUGAGGAAGUUACUGGGAUUUGCGGCUUUCAGUUGGAAAAGGCUGGGUCUUUUUUUCCCUGGAGCAUUGGAGACCAAGGGCUGGCCCCCAAGAGACAUCUAAUGAUGAGCAUAGAUAAGAUGAACAGUCUUUUCCCCAAGUAGGGGAGUGUAAAACUAGAGGGCAUGGACUUAAAUGAGGAGAAAGAUUUAAAAGUGACUUGAGGGCCAACUUUGAGGUGUGUACAGAGAAUGAGUUGUCCGAGGAAGAUGUGGAGUUUAAUUAUGACAACCAAGAUACUUGGACAGGAAAGUGACUAGCAAAGAUUGAGGGCUAGGAGCAGGUGGUUAGGCAAUUUAGUUAGCUAAAGGGCCAGAUUAUAUCCUGUUAUUCUCUGCCCUCAUUAUCUUGCUCUUGGGUUUUGAAUAUUUGAUAUAUUUAAACCUCAAUGCUUGUAUCACUCAGCUAGUUAUCGACCCUGGAAUGUCUUGUGAGCAGCUGGGUGUUUGUACCGUUAAACAAUUAACACUCAACUCAAUAAUUGGGACCGCCGUAAAUAUAAUGGUCUCCAGUCAGUGGAGCAGGGGAAUCUAAUCAACUAUUUUGUCAAAUGCCAAUGUGAAAGUUAAAUAUUGGAAUGGUACUAGUGCCUCUUGUUUAGACCCGUCUUCUGAAGGUAGCGAUUAGCAUUGAACUGUUUCUGCAUUGAUCUUGUCAGCAGUUGGCAUCCUUGAACAGUGGAAUCUUUUAAUUAGCAUUCAGUAUUUUAAUCUCUUACCAGAAGCUGAACUGAGCCGAGGCUCAAGAAUCCCAUUUUUUUAAAUGAUGGUAUCGCCAUAAAAGUGGGUCAGUCCCCUUUUUUAAAUUGUUUGGGUGACCAGAUUUAAUUUUUUAAAUCAAAGGUUUUCCCCCUUUUGUAAAGAUUAAUAAAAGCAUGAUUGAAUCAAUUGAAUUGUUGCUACCUUUUUAAGUAGCACACAUGGUCUUUCUACUUUAAUUGUGCAUGUAUUUAUGAAAUGUGACAGUCACCUUUCAAAUAGAUAACACCCCUGCAUAUUACUUGUCUGGGGUGGGGUCCUUCUGCCUCAAUGCCUAAUUAUCAUUACAGGUAAAAUAGAUUGCCCCAGAACAUGUGAGUGGGUACAAGUGUGAUCCAAUACUUAGCAAGGCUAUCUUGCACCAGUUUUCAAUAUUGGCAGCUAAAUUAGACAUUCCACGGGGAUUGAGAUGGAGAUUGUAUAUCAUUGCAAUUGAAGCAAUGUAUACCAAUACUUACAUUAUGCAAUUUGUUCAUUUAUAUUUCAUGGGGAUAUUCCUAUCAGCAUUUAAAUGACAACUUGAAUUUCCCAUCCCAUGUUGUGAUUUUAAAAUGUCCUUAAUGUUUUGGUUAAUGGCCUGGUGCUUACUGCUCAAAUUUAAGCAGUAACCUUAGAGAACAAAUGUGCUAAUUGUGAAUCAGUUCAUUUACAUGGUACAAUUAAAACAUGUUCAAAAGGUAUCACUCAGCUGUGCAAAUAAACUGGACUUGUAUUGGACAAAUCUC